AUGACUGCCAGCCUAGCACCUCGGUGCUACGCGGCCUCUUCGUACCAAUUUAGAAUCAGGACAUUAGCCAUUGCGCGCGAGUUUUCUUCAACAUGCGGAAGAUGGGAUGACUCUACUCGUGACCCUCCGAAACGUCCAUCGAAUGCUCAUUUUGAUCGCCCCUUUCGUCGCCAACAACAAGCAAACUCGCCUUCACGACCCUCUUCAUCUCCUCAUUCCAAAGAUUUCACGUUCCGCUCUUUUAAGCCUGGGUCUUCUCCCGGUAUAGAUGCCCGUUCGCUUGGUGCAAACCCAGGCAGCUCAGACAAUAAUGGCAACCCUCGUAUGUCUCUCUCAAUCAGGAGAGUCCCCCAUGGAGGCGGACCGAAUAGUAGCCUACGCAGUGGGAACCAAAAAAUUUUAUCAGCAGCGAAUUCAUCAUUACGUUUGCGGCGGAAUCCGGCCGGAUCAAAGCGCCGUUCACCACAAGCAAAGCUUCGCCGCCCUAUUAAAAAGGCGACUGUAUUCGAACAAGAUUCCUUCGAAGACGACGAUAGAUUACCCGAGGGUGAUAUUAUUGGGUACGAAAAUGAACUGCUUCAAAAAAAAUACAAAAAACCUGAGCAGUAUACCCCUACUGUGUAUACUGUGGAAAAAUUAAAGGACACAUGGCCGGCUCUUCCAAUAGGCCAAGGGGAUAAUUUGGUCGCUAAUUCCGUAAAUGUUAUGGACAAGUUGAAUUGGCUGGGGGCUCGGUAUCUUGGGUCCUAUGAGACCCCACAAGAGCUGGCGAAACGAAUGAUGGAUGGGAAGAGAGUGUACUUCAAGAGUGACGAUGAGAAGGCGGAGGUGUUGGAUAUUGUGAAAGAAAUGGCGACUAAGAGAACUGAAGAAAUGACCGAGCGAAAGGGAACAAUUGUUCCACCUCAAGAGGCUGGUUUCGAGGCUGUCACCGAUAAAGAGACGGAAUCGCUCGUCACUACCUUGGUUAAAGGAAGAUAUGACCGACCUCUGGUGGACAAGCAAAAAGCAGGACCCUCCCCCCUUGUGGCAGAUGUGCUGAGACAGUUGACAAACAAUGGCACUUAUCAAAAUGUGCAUGCCGAAAAGUUCUUGACCAAAUUUUUGGAUCACCUGCCUGCCAAUUUGAAAAAUAAGACGCAAAAGGCGAUUUAA